ACGUGUCUCACCGAGCUCCUGGUUCCUGAUUCCUCAGCUGGCCAAUAGGUGUCCCUGGUGUUUUUGGCGGGAAACCAACGCCUGGUAGGCGUCCUUUUUGGAACCUUCUCAUUUUCCGGCGUCCGUUCUUCACAAAUACGCGAUCAUCGUCAUAUAUUCAAGUCAUCAACGAACGGCUCAAAAUGCCCGUCGGGCAUUCACCACCGGCAAAUGUUCGCGCCCGUCGCGCGAGACAAAUAUCUACCGUAGAGGCAGCCGGCGUUGAUUCCGCAACCGACGAUCCCAAGGUCAUCGCUGAAAACACGAACGACGAAACCGAAGAGCGUUCGUCGCCACGAGGAAAUCAAGGAGGAAAUGUGGGAGGUGGGAAUCAAAGCCGUGGAGAUGAGAAUCCGAAUGAAGUGAAAGAGUGCGGAGUCGGCGACAAUACAGUUCAAGUCGUCCAGAUUCCAGGCCAGGGGUUGAGAACAAGUACCGUACCGCAAGCAACCAAGAUGUCUCUCCGGCAAAUAUCUGCUGCACUGAGACGAAGAAAUAGCCUCAUUCUCCUGCUAUGCCUGGUGGCAUUUUAUCUCAUCUGGUUUCAAUUAGCUGGUGUGCGGCUGCUGGAGGGUUCUGGCCACCCACACUCUGACCAGUGGGAGGAGAGGGUGGCCAAGGAGCUGUACGCCAUGCGCCUGCAGGCGUCGGAGAUGCGUCGCCAGCUGACGCGGCUGGGCAGUGCGCCGGCCCAUUGGCGCCAUUCCGACCUGCCCACCAUCUUUGUGGUGACUCCCACGCACGCCAUACCGACUCAGAAGGCAGACCUAGUCAGAUUAUCCAACACGCUGCUGCACGUGCCGAACCUGCACUGGCUGGUGGUUGAGGACGCCGACCACAAGUCUGAGCUGGUGAGCCGACUGCUGCGCCGCUCUGGGCUGGUCUACACACACCUGAGCGUGGCCACGCCACCCGAGCUCAAACUGCAGCCCAAGGACCCGCGCUGGAAGAAGCCCCGCGGCGUGCUCCAGCGUAACGCGGCACUGUCCUGGCUCCGGGAAAACCUGGAGAUUGUCGACGCCAACGGAGUGGUGUAUUUCGCCGACGACGACAACACGUACAGCCUGGAGCUGUUCACUGAGAUGCGCGACAUCCAGUCGGUCGGAGUGUGGCCCGUGGGUCUGGUCGGGGGUGUGAUGGUGGAGCGACCCCUGGUCGAUAACGGACGCGUCACCGGCUGGCUGACCCCGUGGAGACCGGACCGGGCCUUCGCCACUGAUAUGGCAGGGUUCGCCAUUAAUGUGCGACUGGUACUAAACCAUCCGACCGCCUCGUUCUCCAUUGAGUCCCAGCGCGGCUUUCUGGAGACGGACCUACUCACACAGAUGGGGGUCACCCUGGAUGACCUCGAGGUCAAAGCAGACCUGUGUACAAAGGUUCUGGUUUGGCACACACAAACGGCCAAGGCCGACCUCAAGAUAGAAAAGAUUAUUGAACAGAAGGGCAAGCCGGCUACAAACGUCGGUAUAGAGGUGUAGCACUCGCCUGCCAGCUAGAUAGAUCUACUACAUCUUCAUUAAACACCUUCGGGCCCUGCGUAAGACUACGUUGUACCGCGGCCGCACCCGCGUCCUCAGCGAAGGCAGUUUGGUAGCGCUGUGAUACCUUCGACUCAUCAGUCACAGCGGUGAGAUACUUCACUAGGGUCCUAUGCGUCAUGGCAUGGGCCAUGACGGCAUGGCAUAAAUGCCCGGGAGUACAAUUAGAGAGAUUUAGCUAUACUCGGGGUGAAUUAACAGAUUGCCCCGUUGAAUGUGGGAUGUUUAUUCAUUCCGUCCAUUAGCGGGGAGGGUGUUCGGUUUCGUCUGGAAGUGACACCGAUCGAAGAGCUUGUUCACUGAGUGGCCAAAGGUCGGUUGACAAGUCUUUCUUCUAUAAAUAGAUAGGUCAGAGAUCAGAUUGCUGACGCCAAUGCGAGGAGAUCUCGGUCAAAGUGAGAUUUUGCCUGAUGGUGCCUCGAAUUAACUGGGAAGAGAUAUGUAAAAGAGAUUGCAGUUGAGAAAAAAAUGCUAUGAAUAUCGGUGAUUCAAUCUCAUAUCAAAUACUAUCGAAUUCAUACGAUCGAUACAGCUCAUCAAUAACUAAUGAUGCAUCACUGUCAUGAAUAUCAAAGUGAUAUAUUGCAAUCACAGUUCAUCAUAGUCAUAUCAUCAUCACCAUUAUCACAAUCACCAUCACCACUCACCAUCAUCACGUGUCAAUCACCACUGGUGUCGUACUGCUGCGUUUGAAGUUCUACUGGCUAUUUGUAGUGGACAGUGCCCUGUAUAGUUCCUUCUCUGAGCAACUGAAGAGCAGUGGCGAUUGGCUGCUUAUAAUGGUUGGCUGCUCCUUUACCCUGGUCAGUGAUGUGUCCAGAAAGGAGCUUGGUUAAGUGGGAUUUGAAAGGGAUUCCUAAGUUCGACACAGGGUUGGUUUAGUGCAGUUUUCUUACCAUGUAAUUAUAUUAUGGCUGAAGGUGAUAGUUUAGUUGUAGCUAGUGUUUGUAUGUAGGAUGAACACAAUGCCAAGUUCAGAGUGAUAACAUUCGACUGUCGUGUUUGUUUGAUGAUAAAUUAAAGUGCUUGCUCAUUGAUUGUGAUUCGUUAACAGGUCAUUUUCAUGCUGCCAAUUGGCUUACAUUAUUUGUGAACUGCAUUUGUUUGAAAUUGAUUCGGUGAUAGUUGGGAAUCCAUGGAAUUAUAUAAUAGUUAUGUUGUAGUGCUCACAUAUUUCAAUGAUUGCCUAUAUAUGAAAUGUUUAUUUAUCUUACAUUUAACGCUCGAGCUUUAUAAAGUUUGAACUACGCAAUCAUCCGAAGUAAAUGAGUAUUGUGUAUAUCAUUUACUUUUUAACAUAUUUUCUUGGAAUUUGUUUGAAAUUCUUGCUGCCUUUGCUUCCAGUUGAAAUUCUAAACUCAUGUACAAGUGUUUAUGACUCUUCGAUGUAUAUCGAGCUUUAAGCGAGCUAGCUUGUAUCUGGUUUCUUACUAUCCUCUGCGCUAGGCCGCUUUGGUGGUUUAUCUUUGCUGGAUAAUUGAUGUUUGUAAGAAGACCAACUUUAGAAAUUGAGCUUUAUUUUGAAGCUCUGUCAGCGUCACAGUUAUCAGUGUCACCACCUACCUUUUUAAAGGCCACCCCACACUGGACCUUGCAUGCGGGUUGCGAGUUUGCGGGCAUAAUACUAAUUCAUAGAGUGCUUAGACCGUUCCCUUAUGGUUGCUUCAUGAAUGCAGUGAAGCCGGUACACCUUCGGAAAAUUACAUAUAGUCGCAAUACCAGAGCAACGAACUAAAAUUCGACUCCAACGAAAAACCCGCAAACCUCGCAGAACUCGCAGACCUCGCAGCGAGGAAAAUCGAAAGUUGACUCAAAAUCAACUUUUGGAAUGCGAUGCAAGGUCGCUCGCAAGCCAAAAACAUGCAGACUCGCUUGUUACAUGGUAGUGUGGGUCACUCAGCUUAGAUUGUAUUAUUUGAUUUUGAAGAAACCCGAAAACCCAAAAACUCGCAACCUGCAUGCGAGUUCCAGUGUGGGGCGGCCUUUAGAGUCAGCGUCGGCAAAUGAGUUAGUGAAAUGGCUAUCGCACUUGUGUACGGUAUCUUGCAUUGAUUGUUGCAAUGACGAGUCGCAAUAUCGCACGAGGAAAAAUAAACAUGUUCGUUUUGCAA